AUGGAAGGGUCGCAGCAGCUGUUCGACGCAGACUGGGAUGUGCGUUCCACCCAGGAGCAUAAUGCGUCUUAUUGGUCUGGUAAGGCAUCAAUGCCUUCUAUCGCGCUGUUGAAGAGUAUCUGUGCGAAUGGAGGCAUGGUUGAGUUUGAGAUGGAUCCGUCAGGCGUUUUGGUAUGCCACAUUCCCGACCAUAAGGUUACCGUGAACAUGCUGGAUCCUAGUGGACUGCGCAGCCGCCGAGGCGAGGCUUAUGUGAUCGGCGACAUUGUCCUCCUGCUCUGUAUUCGCAGGGAGGAUUACACGUAUAGCUCUAUAACCAAGCGCGGAUUCAAAUACAUUAAUGUUUUGGAGCGCGAUCGCAUAAAGUCGAUUUUGGGCGACCCUGAUACGUCUCCUGACCUUCUGGAAGCCAAGGCGCGUUUCAUUCCAAUAAGUGGCACUGGAUCCAAUCGUGUAACAGGCUCUCGUAAUGACGUAUCGGACAGCAGCACGUCGCCACAAGUCACCUCCAAGCACAUGAUUGAUGUCGUGAUGAAGAAGCUUGAGGAGUCGUGGCGUACAUUUAGGCAAGAUACUUCUCCGGAAGACGAUGAGGGGUACAGGUCCGCUAAGAAACGGUAUUACAAUAUGUGCGUCCUCGCAGCUGGGCUUAUGGAGCGACCGUUAAGGACUCGGACAUCGGUGAUCAUGGCGCACGGCGAAGGCUUCGAGCGCUUUUUGCAAAAACUAGAAGCUGCCCAGGCAAACAAGUUGGCAUCUAAGGCGCGUGAUGCACCUAAAUCCGUAGGCAACGUUUUAAGAACACGUGAGUUAUCUGGAUUUACGUAA